AGUUCAGACUCAGUGAGGAGCGGCUGUGCUGCAGUAAAUAUGGCUAUGAGGAGUGCGACCCGUGUGGAGGUGGAGACGGAACUCGAGGAGGAGGAGAGCUUUGGGCCGCAACUGGUUGCCCGUCUGGAGCAGUGUGGCAUCAGCAGCAGUGACAUCAAGAAGCUGGAAGAUGCUGGGUUUCACACUAUUGAGGCCGUAGCGUACGCACCCAAAAAGGAACUGCUGAACAUCAAAGGCAUUAGUGAAGCCAAAGCUGACAAGAUCCUGACGGAGGCUGCUAAGAUGGUACCGAUGGGAUUCACCACGGCGACAGAGUUUCACCAGCGCAGAGCUGAAAUCAUCCAGAUCUCCACUGGAUCAAAAGAGCUUGAUAAACUCCUACAAGGAGGAAUCGAGACGGGCUCUAUCACCGAGAUGUUUGGGGAAUUCCGGACAGGAAAGACGCAGCUGUGUCACACGCUGGCCGUCACCUGCCAGCUGCCCAUAGAUCAGGGCGGUGGGGAGGGAAAAGCCAUGUACAUUGACACAGAGGGAACCUUCCGUCCGGAGAGACUGCUGGCUGUAGCUGAGAGGUACGGGUUGGUGGGCAGCGAUGUGCUGGAUAAUGUGGCGUAUGCGAGAGCCUUCAACACAGACCAUCAAACACAGUUGCUUUAUCAGGCCUCUGCAAUGAUGACUGAGUCCAGAUAUGCUCUGCUGAUAGUAGACAGCGCAACAGCCCUUUACAGGACAGACUACUCCGGACGAGGAGAGCUGUCCGCUCGCCAGGGACAUCUAGGACGAUUUCUACGCAUGUUGCUCCGUCUCGCUGAUGAGUUUGGUGUUGCCGUCGUCAUCUCUAACCAGGUUGUAGCGCAGGUGGACGGAGCAGCCAUGUUUUCUGCAGAUCCCAAGAAGCCGAUUGGAGGAAACAUUCUAGCACAUGCCUCAACAACUAGAUUAUAUCUGCGGAAGGGUCGAGGUGAGACACGCAUCUGUAAGAUCUAUGACUCGCCAUGUUUGCCCGAGUCGGAGGCCAUGUUUGCUAUAAAUGCUGAUGGAGUAGGUGACGCCAAAGACUGAGAAGUUACACAGAUCAGAGGCUCUUCGUUACUGUGCACUCUGUUAAUGGAUAUACAAGAACAUCAGCCAGAGAAGAGGCUUCUGUGAAAUUAACAAAAGAAACAUUGUAUAUGUGGACCUAACUUAAGGAUACACAUUGUUUAGUCUGGAAUUAUAAGUGGGAUUCUUCCUGAAAUUUACAUUUCAGUACAGAAGACUGGGCAUGUGUAUAAUAUUAUUGGUUUAUUUACAGCUGUCAAGAUUGAUGGAGCUGAAUUAUUUGAGCAGGUGUAAUUAUUUUUUUGUUGCUGUGGUGUCAACUUUUUGUGUUAACAUCUUUAGUUUUGUCUGGACUGAU